UUUGUUUUAAUUUAUCAUGUUUGAUUUAUCCCUUAUAUUUCUACAAAGAACAGUUUAAGAAGUAGAGAAACAGACCAUGGCGUUUUGUUCCAACUCCACUUAGAUCCAGUUUGAUUUUACAGAAAAGUCUGUCAGCUUUAGAAAGAUGCUUAGCUGAAGCUCCUGAUUGUGUCUGAAGGAACCGCAGACUGGGGGACAGUUAGAGCAAAAGAAAACAGACACAGAAGGUGAGCAGCAAACACCAAAGAGUGUAAAUUAGAAGAUGAGAGAUAGUGUUAACAUCAGUGAACAUGAACACAUAGUGAGAGGAACAUGUGCGUCGUAGUGGAAGGCAUGUUAAUAAGUGGCCUGGGGCAGAUUUGGGCUCCCAUGGGGGGGGAGUCCUGCCCUGCUCUGUAAAGCUUCUGUCUCUUCCUUAACCCGCCCAUUAAACACGGUACACAGGUGGCUUAUUAAACCCACCGCGGCAGACAGCUACGCUCCACACUGAUCACUCAGCUCUCUGCUGUGACAAAUACAAUCACAUGUGCUGGUGCCGUAAUGCAAAUGAUCAAUGCAGUCACCCGUGUUGCGGCGCUCAAGUGCCUUUUAGCUUAUACGUAAUGCUGAGCUCGGCAAAUUACUGCAGGGGAUCUUAAAGGGCUUUCUUUUCCCCUGCAGAUCCAAAUUUGACAAAUUUAGUCUCAACCCUCAGGGUCUGGACUCAUUAAAACAAGAUCCUUGUUCUCUCUUAUGGGGACUCACCUGACACGCACUUUUUUUUUUUCUGUAGUCUUAUGAAUCCCUCCAUCUCUGCAGAACCCUGGUUGUUAUUAUUACAGUGUAACCGAGACCCCCCGAUCCCCUCGGGUCCACUUUUGUUGUGAUCAUAUUAUUCUGAGUGUGUAACCACAUCCGCUUGCUUUGUUAUUCUCAUUAACAGCACAACUUAAACAAGUCUCCCAUGAGCGUGGGCCCUCGAGAUCUUGGCUAUGGGCUCGACGAUGAUGAGUUGGACACUGCGAGCAAGAUCUCCUCUGAAGACAGCGGCGAGGUCCGUUCGUACACUGAAGACAGCGACGACUCGGACUCCUUCUAUCCGGACAUCGACCCGUCACCUUCCAGCCAGAUGAACCUGCUGGAGGAAAUCCUGGAUUCUCUGACCACAACAACAACGGACCAAGGAAAACUCAGUGCUGCCAAGAGCUUGGACUUCUUUAGGUCCCUGGAUGACUUGGAUGACUACAAGGUCCAGUCAAAGCCAUCGCCUUGCAGCCACUCCACAGCUGCAGACGACGGCAGCUUUGACGGCGGCGCCGAUCACGGCGGAUGGAACAUGGGCCAGGAUGACAGCGCCGUCCAUGGAAAACACCUUCCUCCGUCCCCACGCAGGCAGCCCAACAAGAGCAGCCUGAAGAGGUCCGGAAACCUCGCAGCCUUCUCUGCAGUGACUCCCUGCUCCGCUUCUCCUCCUUCUCUAGAUGCCAACGGCACCAAGUCGGAUCCUCCUCCCCUCUUCUCCUCCAAGUCCCGUCCCGAUUCCCACCUCAUGCCUUCGGGUCGACCUCCAGGAGACCACCGGUUGUCCUAUUCCCCCCUGCUGCUCCAUAAAGUUACACCCCCAUCCUCACCUGCGGCUCAGCCAGACUCUUCUCCGGAACCGACCAGCCGGAGUCGCACCAUCUCAGACCCUCAGUGCAACUCCGAGCCCUCCCAAACCCAGAACCAAAGCGGGUCCACCGGCAUCCUGAGGAGAAAGGUCAUGUCCAAAGAGAUGGUGAAAAACUUCCACGAGCGGUCGGUCCGGAGGCAGCGCAGCAGAGGAAACCAUGACAGCCAGACGAGCCCAACGAAGAGCAGCCAGGUCCAGGUCCCCUGGAAGAAGGAGGAGGAGGAGGAGGAGAGGAAGGAGGAGAAGGAGACUCCUAAAGACAAGCUGCUGGGCUUUGGGCUGUGUCUGGGUCAGUGUGAAGGCUCGGAGACGGCUGGAGGGCCGGACCCGGGCCUGCUGGAGGAGAUAGAGUCCAUGUGUUGCCUCAGCUCAUCGCUUCACAGCAGCCUGCAUCUCUCUCAAGUCCACUGCAGCAACAGCCACCAUCAGGUCCAAGGAAAAGCCACAGAGAAGUCCUAAAGAUGACAGGAAAAGGAAAACUGACUCAGGUUCCUGUCCUCUGUUACAGCUGAUCAGCUGAUAAGGGAACGUUAUGAACAAACCUAAUAAGGGCCAAAACAAACAAAAAGCCUCAGAGCAAAGAGCUGGUCGCGCUGAAUGGAAGCACUGCAGAGUUCUCCAUCUGUCCUCCAUCUACUGGAAGAGAAACUUGGUCAAAUAAAUUAUUUUACAUAAAGAAUACCUCAAAAACAUGGUGGAGAGUGAGUGAAAUUAUAAAAAGCAUCCAAUUAUGAUUCAAAUCAGGAAUACAUACUGAUAAACGGUGAAGUAAAUUUAAACGCACAUACAUUUACUAGAUAUUAAUGUUUAAACUUAAUCUAUAAAAUAAAUAAGAUGCAUGAGAAUAGGUGGAGAUUUCUGCUCAGUUUCAGUUCAGUUUUUUUCUUCAUCUGUCUGCAAAGAUCUGAACACUAGAGAUGCACUGAUCACCAUUUCCAGGCCGAUACCGAUUUCUGAUCCUCCUCCAGGUCUGAACUGUCGAAGUUGUUUUGUUAUUCUGAGGACCAUAACACAUAAAAGACAAAUAAACAUCCUGCAGGUUAUUUUAUAGAGGUAUUGUUAUAAAAUAUGGCUUAUUCUACGUUAUGCUUCAAAGCAAAUAUUACUAAACAUUAUCUGAUUUUAAUAAACUAAAAGUGCAUUGACGUUCUUACAUUUUGUUGCAUUUAACAAAAUGUAAAAUGCAAAAUAUUUUACAUUUUAAAGACUCAAAAAUCUCAUUUUUGAGUCUUUGGCCUGGAAAAUUGGCUGAUUCCAACGUCCAGCCGGUCGAUCGGUGCAUCUCUACUCAGCACUUUAGCUUCAUUUAUUUGAUGUCAGUACUUUGCAAGGAUUUCAAAGGACCAGUUUCCCCUAAACACAACAUCAUGUUUCGUUGAACUCUGUGUUCUGAAAAAUGUCAUGCUAAAAAUUUGCACUCAUGGCUUAAUUUCUGAUAAUCACCCGUUACUACCUUGUACUAAACUGCAAAACCAGCAAGAUGCACAAUGUCCACGCAGGCCUUUGAAACUAAUUAAACUCAGUUGGAUUUGUGAUUUUGAUCACCAUGCCUUAAGCGGACAUGCGAUUUGUUUUGAUACUGAUGUCUUAAACUUUAGAAAUCACUGCAGGUACUUUCUAAUCAGAAUCCUAAACACAGCAGUUCACAUUCACAGAGAAGUAGAUGUUCUUGUGCGAAUGUUACUCCUACCUGUUAAGACUAAAUACCUGAUGAAGCAAAGAGUCGCAUGACUGAGAAAAGCCAGAGUUUUUACUUCAUUUUUCUGUAUGUUUCUGUUUCCAUCGGCCUUUUGCUGCUCUUAGCAUGUUUCUCAACGCCGGCUUUACAAAUUGAGAACAGUUGUUGGCGAACUUUGAAGGAUGUUGAUGAACCCAAUCCCACAGUCGGUCCAAAACGAGCUCCGUUCCCGUUAUUCCACCUCUCUGUGCUUUUUCCCUAACCUCUGUGUGGCACUUUGCCUUAAGGCUGUUUACGCUCUGAAGAUAUCAACCACAAAAUGGGUCAUGAAUAGCAGGAAUAUGUCGUGUUGAAGUUUUUGAAAGAUUAAUUUAAACUGUGUGGAAUCUUGUUGACAGGUAUCAUGCUUUUGUUUUUCCUUCUUUUUUUUGUCUCUUUUCCUUUCUUUGUGUUUUAAUAGGAAAUGCAACCUCUGUCUGACUAGGAAACCCUCUGCACUGUACUGCAGGGGAGGACGAUUGUACUGUAAUGAAGCAAUAUACUGCAGGUCGCUGCGUGGAUGAAAUGUGUUCAGGGUCUAAAGUAUUUUUAUAAGCGUCUCUCCUGUGGAGAGAAGCAUCAGCAUCCAGGGAUCCCGGCUUCGUGUCGUUCUCUGCGUCACCACAAACCCAGAGGAAGAGAAAACGCUUUCGCUCGCUCGGGUUGGGAUUACUACAUUUAUGGUCCGUUGUUCUUAUGAUUUAUGCCAGACGCCAGUCGCUGUGGCAGUUUAAUAGCGGCUGUUUCUCCACUUCUCGAGUGCUGCUCUGCGUUAACGAUUUGCCCAUAAAGUCUUUGGCGUGCUUCUAAAAAGCUAAAAAGAAUCAGUCAUGGUAAUUCCAAGAAUGGUUAAAGACAAAGAAAAAUACAAAGUCCAGAACAGUUUCUGCACUGGCCUCGCUCACUGUAAACACUUUAACAAACUUGUGUACUAUGCAAAUAUUUAGAAAUCUUAAAAGAGGCCAGUUUUCUUCACCACUCGGGUAACUGGGAAUGUCCCAGUGAGGAAUUACUUUCCUCCCUGAUAGUAAUCAGUAGCUUAAGAUUACGGCAUUUGCUGCCACAGAGUCUGAGCCCAAUAAGUCUUGAAAUAAUAACACACAUAAGCUUAAAUAUGCCGAUUCGAUCAGUUUUGUGAUUGUGUCCAACAUAACUCACUCAUCAGUGAUGUGCCAGACGGCAACGGCUAUUUUUAUCCAACCGGUUUUUAAGCGUCUGCAAUGAACUCAUGUUUGCUUAUGAUGGCCAUUGCUUGGUCCGGUUUGCUGAGAUGCUAGGCUAACACUAGCAUGUUUACCCUGAUUUAGUAAUUUAUUGAUACAUUUGACAGCUAUCCAAUCCCAAAUGGACUUUGUUGAUGAGAUCUGACUACAGUUACUGUUACAGAAGUUGACAAAGCCACGUCUUGCUCCUGCUGAUGAGACGCUCAUCUGAAGUCCUGAAGUGCUCGGCUAAUGCUAGCAUGUCUCAACUUUGCUUAACCAGAACUCUAGCGGAUUCUGAAGUCAGUUCUGACUGAACUUGCUAAAUGCGGCUCACAUUUUAUUCCUGCUGAUGAUUUGUUUUUAAUGCAUAACAGUUUGCUGAAGUGCUAGGCUACUGUUAGCUAGUUUAUUCUUUGUUUUGCUUUGUCUUGACUAUGUGAAACAUAUUUCAACCCUAUUUGAGUUUGUAAACUUACAGCUACACUCUUCAGUAAAAUCACUUCUUGCUCAUACUGACAACUUUUUCAUGCUAGUUUAACGCGCAUGUUUUCUGGUUACAUAUUUGGUGGUGUUGACAAAAUUUACAGAGAGUUGUUUUCUUGAAUUACAAACUUAAAACAACAUUCGUUUUAAUGUCUAGUGUUUCCGCUGUUCUCCUUAACAUUGACAGAUGUCUGUGUGCUGCACAUAACGCAGACUGGAACAAGCAGCAUCCAAUACAGUCUCUAUUUGACUGUGAAUGUCGUUGUAAAGGCUGAAAGGCGCUUCGUUUUGGAGAUUAAAACUGUUUUGCAAACUGUGCACAUGAAAAUAGGUGUUGAGUUUUAAAAAUCAGCAGCAUGGUUUGCUAGAAGUGGCUAUCAGGAGUCGAGUCGGAUUCAGAUUAUUGGAAAUGCUGAGAUCAGGAGCCCGUCUCUUAUAAAGAAAUCCGUC